AUGAACACUUCGGACAACCCCAGUGGGGCUGAUGCAGGCCGAGGCUCGGGCACCCUUGCUGCUGGAAGCAGGCAAGGGCUCGCAGGGCAAGGGCUCGCAGGGCAAGGCGGAGGGGGGAGUGGUGCAGGGAGCAGUGUUGAGGGUGCUGUUGGGGGCAGCACAGGGGGCAGCAGUGCGGGUAUCAGGGCUGUUGCAGUGGGUGAUGGUGGUGUGGGUGGUGGUGGUGUGGGUGGUGGUGGUGGUGUGACUGAUGGUGGUGCUGCCACUGGCUGCAAGGGUACUGGUGGGGAAGGCUGCAGUAGCAAUGGGAGUAGCAGUGGUGGCAGCAGUGGCAGUGGGAGCGGUGGUGGCAGUCGCAGUGCUGGUGGCAGUGGCGGUGCUGGGGGCAGUGACGUAGUGAGGCAGAGAGAUCAUGGGCUGGUGGGUGCUAUGGAUGGUGGUGACAUGGGUGGUGCUAUGGGUGGUAGAAUGGAUGGUGAGAUAGAUGGGGAUGGGGUGGGGGGACUAGGGUCAGAGCUGAUGGGCUUUGGAGCAGGUUUGAGGCGUUACCCAUCGGGAUUGGAGAGAUUGGGAAGGGUUGGGUCAGGGGAAGUUGGGUUUGGAGGGGUGGUGAGUGGUGGAGCAGGGCGGGUGGAGGAGGAGGAGGUGGAGGCGGAGCUACUGGCGAUGGAAGCAGCGGUUGAGUUCAAUGUGAGGGUGGUGACGUGUCAGGGCUCCCCUGUGCGCUGGCACAACUGCCACGUGUGCGUGCGGCCCAAUGCGGUGCUGCUGGAUGCAGCUGGGUGCAUUGUGGUGGAUGGGAGGGAGCUGCGGGCACGAGAUGGCACUCCGGUGGUGGUGGAGGAGCAGGGAGAGAGUCUUAUCCACGCACUAAUCGACUUCUCCCCGCCGCUGCUGCACCUCUCCUUCAUCCACGCGUUUCUCGACCUUGACCCACGGGCCGUGGUGCUGCAAGAAACGGCCGUGAGGGUCAACCGGUGGCUGAGCGACCGCCAGAACCAACAUGAAGUCAUUGCACACUUCCUCACUUGUGAUAGACAGCUAUGA